AGCACCGUGACCUACACCUCAUUUUAGCUGAGGAAGAAAGCAGGAAACCAUUGUGUCAUACGCUCAAUGAUUUCUUCACAAGCUUCUGUUGUUUUUCUGCGUCUGGAGACUAAUGAACCUAUGCAAACUUGUAAGAGGCUGCUUAUGAGAGGACUUGCAUAUCUACUUGAUCCUUUUCCAAGACGGAUUUAACCACAAUCACGGAAUAAACAUGAGCAACCUACUCAGGAGGUUGCUGUUCUCCUCUCUUGUAUUUAGUUUUGUGGUCCUAUUUCUGGACAUAAGGACAGAUGCAACAAUGGAGGGUUCAUCUAUGGGCUACCUGAGUGUGCCCUACAGUCAGGAGCUUUCAGAAGUUGUUGGUGCAUACGAUGUGGAGGUGUCUGAUGAAGGCCAGGAGGUUGUCUCUCGACGGAAGAGGAACAUCCUUUUCCCAAAUGGAGUAAAACUCUGCGCUCAAGAGACCGCAGAGCAAGUUGUUGCAAACCACCUGAGCUACUUUCAUCUCAGAGUGUGCCAGGAGACGAUAUGGGAAGCUUUCAAGAUCUUCUGGGACCGCCUCCCCGAGCAAGAGGAGUACCAAAGCUGGAUGAACCAAUGCCAGGAGGGCACAAUCACGGCACAGUUUAUUGGCAGCCACUUUAGUCAAUCGGAGGAGCAUCAUGCUCUGGUUACAAAGAGAAUGUCAGAGCCAGAUUUGAAAAGUGACGAGCCAACCAUGCCCUGGCAACAUAUGUGCAGCACUCCGACACAGCGAACACCGGAAGCCGUGGAAGCUGCUGAGCUAGAAGACACAGCUAAAGAAGAGGAGGUGGAGGAAGCAGCCGCCGCUGUCCCAGAGGUGGAGGAAGCAGCCACCGCCGCUGCUGCGGAGGCGGAGGAGUAUCCAUUGAACAACGACAUCGCCGUGGAGCCUCUGACCCCCACGACGCUGGAGCAGGUGGUGGAGCUGAGCCUCCUCCUGCCCGGAAAAUCUUACAGCCAUGACCUGGAGAAUCCGACCAGCCACCAGCACCAAACACUCAGCAGACAGCUUGCUCAAAUGGUUCCUAUCUGGCUCCUUAUCCUUCUCUGUCUCUCUUUACGACUCCCCCUAGUGCUACUGUAUCUUGGCUCCAGACUGCACUCACUAUUUAUGGUCUGUGAUGGAUGCAUUGUUAGCUUUAAUAACACACAUUUAAACAGCAGCAAGAUUAUAAGGGUGAUUGAAGCUGAGGACAUGAUUGAGGACGCUCUGAGGGAGCUUCCUGGGUUUAAGAGUGUGUCUGUGAAGGACUUCAGGCCUCAGAACGACGACGAAGGGGAUGGCGUGGUGGUGGACUACGCUGUUACAGUGGUGGUGGAUGGAUCAGGAGUGAGCUUGGAACAACUGGACUUCCUGACUCUGCAAUCCAACCGUGUGGAAAACUCGUACCGUGAAGUCAUGGAGCUUCCCACUGUGGUGUACGCCAUCAGCGAGGUCAAAGACAUCAUCACUGACGCCCUGCAUAACGAGGAGCUGGACAGUGUGUCUGAGGUCCCUGGCGCUGCAUAUGGAGACACGAAUACCGCUGCCGAUGAGCUACCAGAGGGCACGAUCCUAGAAGAGGACGUAGAGGAUGUCGACAAGGUUGACGUCCUGCCUGAACCCUCCGAAACCAACACAGUGGCGAACAACGAAAAUGACAUCAUUAUUCUGGAGGAGAGUGCAGUUGUGUCUCCUGUUUCUGUGAAUACAGAUAAUGAACUUGAAGCUGACAGCAUUGCAGAGGAGGGUCUGUUACCUGGGGACAUUGUGCAGACUCCUGCAGUAGAAACCCCUGCCGCAGAAGAGCUCCCAGCCGCAGAGGAGCUUCCAGCCGCAGUGGAGCUCCCAGCCGCAGAGGAGCUCCCAGCCGCAGAGGAGCUUCCAGCCGCAGUGGAGCUCCCAGCCGCAGAGGAGCUCCCAGCCGCAGAGGAGCUCCCAGCCGCAGAGGAGCUCCCAGCCGCAGAGGAGCUCCCAGCCUCAGAGGAGCUCCCAGCCGCAGAGGAGCUCCCAGCCGCAGAUGAGCUCCCAGCCGCAGAGGAGCUCCCAGCUGCAGAGGAGCUCCCAGCCGCAGAGGAGCUUCCAGCCGCAGUGGAGCUCCCAGCCGCAGAGGAGCUCCCAGCCGCAGAGGAGCUCCCAGCCGCAGUGGAGCUCCCAGCCGCAGAGGAGCUCCCAGCUGCAGAGGAGUUCCCAGCCGCAGAGGAGCUCCCAGCUGAGCUCUCAGAGGUUAGACUUCAUGAAACCCCAGUGGACGUCGAGGCCUCGGGAUUGGGCACAAACGACAUGAAUAACUUGCUCGAGCCAUAUACAACCACAGAAGAAGAAGCAGAGCCUCUUGAGGAGACUGACUCAGAAGAUGGGCUGAUAACGGAAGAUGUCCCCAUAAAUUCAGAAAUCCCAGAGGAUAAUGAGAUCUCUUCAAUCGCAACUGAGACCACAGAAGAAGAAGACAAAGAAGAAGAAGACCUUCCUGUCCUGGUCUCCCCCCCUGAGAAUGGAGAGGAGACCAGUGAAGCACCAGAGCCGGAGGCAGCAGAAACAGGGGAAGAAUCGGUGGAGGAACUAGAAGAAGAACCUGCAGAACAGGCAGACAAUAAUGUGCUGCUGAGCAUUCCUGAGGAGCCUGUAGCUGAAGAAGUUGUUGUUCAGGAAGCAACUGAGAACAACUUAGAAGAGGCUGCACCUGAAGCUCCACCUGUAGAGGAAGAGGGCCAGGCAGCUCCAGAGAUCUCUACAGAGGAUCUGACAGAUGAUGAGAUCUUACUGGUCAACAUUGAUGAACCAGAACCAUUAGUCACAGACUUUCUGAUCCCUGUCCAACCCACUGCCCUGUCUCCAGAGAAGGAGUCGCCCUUCACCCGCAUCUCUGAUAUUGACACCGCCCUCGAGGGACAACCUGACAUCAUCAUCCCUUCACUGGUGGAGAUCCAGACCACUGACGGAGGCUUGGAUGGUGCCACCAUUCGAGACAACAACUAUGAUGUGAUCCAUUAUGGUUAUGAGUUGAUUGACCACACAGAGGAGGGCAGCACUGGCUUUCCGUUUGGUGCACACGGCACAGACCAAGUCAGUAUCGCCAUGCCUGCGAACCCUGGACGAGCACUGAUGGUGUUCUUCAGCCUGAGGGUGACCAACAUGAUCUUCUCUGAGGAUCUCUUUAAUAAGAAAUCCCCAGAAUACAAAGCUUUGGAGCAACGCUUCAUAGAGCUGCUCGUGCCCUACCUGCAGUCCAACCUGAGUAACUUUGAGAACCUGGAGAUCCUGAACUUCAGGAACGGGAGCAUUGUGGUCAACAGCCGGAUGAAAUUUGGCAAACCUGUUCCACAAACCGUCACCACCACCGUCUAUCUGAUCCUGGAGGACUUCUGUAACACAGCGUACCAGACCAUGAACCUGGCCAUCGAUAAGUACUCGCUGGACGUCGAGUCAGGUGAUAAAGCCGACCCCUGUAAGUUCCAGGCGUGUAACGAGUACGCCGGGUGUAAGGUGAACAAGUGGUCGGGGGAGGCGGAGUGCGUCUGUAAUGCGGGCUACUUCAGCGUGGACAGCCUGCCCUGUCAGAGCAUCUGUGAGCUGCAGACCGACUUCUGCCUCAAUGACGGCAAGUGUGACAUCAUCCCCGGCCAGGGAGCAAUCUGCAGGUGUCGUGUCGGGGAGAACUGGUGGUACAGAGGAGAGCACUGUGAGGAGUACGUGUCUGAGCCGCUAGUGGUCGGCAUAGCGAUCGCCUCCGUUGCUGGAUUCCUAUUGGUUGCGUCCGGAGUCAUCUUCUUCCUCGCAAGGACGUUACGGGAUCAGUACGAUAAGGAUGAGUCAGAGGACCCCAUACGGCGAGCAGAGAGUGUCCCGUCUCUGGAAAGGGCAACCAAGUACAACCCCAUGUACGAGAGCGAGGCCACCACAGGCUACAACCACUACUACCGGCGCUAUCCUGAAGCUGCUGUGUACAGCAGUGCCAGCGCUGAGGCCUCCACUGACUUCAGCAGCGAGGAGAUACGACACAUCUACGAGAACAGUGAACUGACCAAGGAGGAAAUCCAAGACAGGAUACGCAUCAUUGAGCUCUACGCAAAGGACCGACAGUUUGCAGACUUUGUAAGGCAUCAUCAAGCGGUUGUGGACACCCGCAGAGAGAGCUCCUCUGCACACACAUGAAACUCUCCUGUGAAUAAGAAACAUGCCUCUAUGUAUGAAAAGUGAAGCUCCCUGUGAGGACCCUCCACUUUCUUCAUCAUGGCACUCACAAUCUGGACUGGUUAAGAUGGACUCAUUCAGCACGCUGCUCUUUGUUUCCUCGACCAACGACCCCUUUCUGUUCUACGUAUUUCCCCGAACUGAUGACUGUUCUUCCUCCUUCCUUUGUGCCUUCUCAUGACUGGUCGAGCUGUGUGUGACAUCAAGUGUUACUGAUUCAUCCAAUGUCCCUCUGGGGAAAACUGGACUGUAUCCUACUACUUGAAAUCUCAAUGCUGUCCACAGUAAUACUUUUGUUUAGUGGAACAAUUUGUCUUGUCAACUCAAAGUAGUGUGUCUGUGAGGUUGUUUGCUAGUUAAGAUGUUAUUCUCUACUUUUUUUGUUAUUGUUAAUAUCUCUUUAAAUCAGAGAGCAGCUCUUUUAAGGACAAUGGUGCUAUUUGAUACAUAAUGUGGUGGUGAUGACUCAUUUUUAAAAGCAACACCAAUGGAUCAACACUGUACAGUAGGUAUACACUACUGCAUAUUACGUUUUUAGGAAAUAUACAUAUUUUGUUUCUGGUUUUGACUUGCGUAAAAGCAUUGAUUGAAAUCUCAAACCUGUCUCACAGCAGUUGUUAGCUUAGCAUAAGGACUGAAAACAGGGGUCAACAGCUUGCCUGACUGCCCAAAUGUAACAAAAUCUGCCUAUACUUAAGUACGUUUAUAUUUUACAAAGAAUAUACAAGGUGUCAAUAAUGUUUAUAAGUGGUGGUAGAUGGAUUUUGUUAUGUUCAGACAGAACUAAGCUAGCUAUUUCCUUCUGUUUCUAAUUUCCCCGUCUUUAUGCUAGACUAGGCUGCUUGCUUGAGCCAAUGUACAGAUAAUAGUGGAAUCAAUUUUCCCAUUUAAAUCUGUGCAAUGCAGCAAAUAAGGGUAUUUUCCCAAAUGUCAAAGUAUUACUUAAAGUGGGGAACAUUAAGUAUACAGUGUAUGUAUUAUUGCUGGUCAUCAAUGUAAAAGCACACUUUCACAAUGUGACCGUAUUCCAGCAAUAUUUUUUCUCUUGGCAGGGGAUUUGUCUGCCGUUUUUACGUCUCCUUUUAUUAGAAGCUUUGGUGUAUGUUUGUAAAAGUACGGCGUGGUAGACAUAAGAAAUUGAAAACAGUGGUGAUGGGAGCAUGAACCCUCUAUAGCUCUGGGAUCCAGAAAUAAGUGAAAACACGUUUCAGUGGAAAAAUGCUCCGGGGCAAGCGGCCCUGGGAGUUGAUCAAAUGGUUUGCUUUCAGAUGUCAUAUGUAAUGCAACUGAAAAGCAGGCUGAUAAACAACAUGCUCUCUUUGGAAUGACAACCUCAAGCUGAAGUCUCCCGCUGUAAAAACCUCAAGGUUACGAGCAAUUCCUUAAAAAAAAAAGAAAGGAAAACAGCUCUCCUGUGACUACGUGUUUGGCCAUGAUCCUGCUGUUCGUUCUGAAUCCUUGGGACAGACUAUUUGCAGCAUGCAGUCCAUAAGAGGAUGCAGGGUUUUUUUGUCAGAAAGUGUACGGGCCAGAAUCAGACACAUAGAUUAUGUCUUAGCUUCUUGUUUACAUUACAUACUUUUCGUCCUUUGCCCUUAUUUUAAAGGUCUACACGAGCAACAAUUACCGGUGAAGCAGACUCUUGUGUUGAUGUCAUGCCUUUUUCAAUCUGCAGUCAGUUUUACUUUUUUAUGUGCAUGCUUUUUUGUAGAAGGUUCAAAAAACAUCCACCAUCUGCCACCUGUACAAACGGACAAUCAUCCCAUACAGUGUUUUGUCAUGUAAAUAUGUCAUAUUAGAUAUUUGAUAUUUGAUAGUCCUAGGAUGCAAAUCAUGUGUGUCUCAAAUGUUUCAAUAAAUAAACAUAUUUUUAUACUGAUAA